AUGCCAGCUUUUGGAAAACUUGUCCGCUUCAAGACUGCUUCGGGACAGACCUUCUAUGGAGAGGCAAAGCAUCUACCAGCUAUUGAUCACGACGCCUUGAUCGGCGCCGAGGUUCCGGUGUUCAACAAUGAUGAUGAGCCCUGGUCGGAGAACUUCAGGCUCUCUGGCUCAACGGAGAAGAUUGCAGAGGUUCAUACGCCCCAGGCCGCAUCGGUUCUAGCUCCUCUGCGCGCCGUGCCCAUCUUCCUCUGCAUUGGGCUCAAUUACAAACAGCAUGCUGAAGAGGCAGGUAUGCAGGUGGGAGAUUAUCCGCAGACGUUCUAUAAACCAGCAGCUUCUUACGAUGGGAAUGUGGCAGAUGCUCUUGCUGGUCCUUUCGAAAACAUACCGGUCCAUCCGGAGUGUCAAUGGAUGGACUACGAGGUUGAACUUUGCGUGGUCAUAGGCAAAGACUGCAAAAACAUCGGCGACACUGAAGAUGUCGACCAGUACAUACUAGGCUACACCGUGGGCAACGACGUGUCGGCUCGAUGGUGGCAGAUGCCGGAACGAUCCAGUGGCCAGCCCGCAGCGGCGAAGUCUUUUGACAAAUUUGCUCCGAUCGGUCCAGUCAUCACCUCAACAGACAUCAUCACGGAUCCAAAGAAGCUGAAAAUGCGAAGCAUCGUGAACGGCGAGCAGAGGCAAAUCACGCAGACAGACGAUCUCAUCUUCGAUAUUCCUGCUAUCAUUCGUCACUUCAGCCGUGGUAUGACGCUCAGAAAAGGGACUGUCAUCAUGACCGGCACACCAAGUGGCGUGGCGUUUUUCAUGAAGCCACAAGCGUGGCUGAAGGAUGGGGAUGUCGUGGAGAUGGAGCUCGAGCACGUGGGCACUAUGCGCAACAAAUUCGUCUUUGAGAAGUUCUGA